AACAUGGAAUCCAUGAAUCAAACAGCUACAAUAGAAUUUCUGCUCUUGGGCCUUUCCGAUGAUCCAGAGUUACAACCCAUUCUCUUUGGACUAUUCCUGUUUAUGUACCUGGUCACAUUUCUUGGGAACUUACUCAUUACCCUGACCAUCAGUUCAGAUUUCCAUCUCCAUACACCCAUGUAUGUUUUACUCUCCCACCUAUCCUUGGCUGACACCUGUAUAAGCUCAGCCACAGUACCGAAGAUGCUUUGGAACAUCCAAGCACAGGAUCAGAGGAUAUCAUACACAGACUGCCUCACUCAGGCUUGCUUCGUCUUAAUUUUUGCUGGAUUAGAAAAUUGUUUGCUUGCAGCAAUGGCCUAUGAUCGCUAUGUGGCGAUUUGCCACCCUCUAAGGUACACAGUUAUCAUGAAUCCACAUUUCUGUAUGCUACUCAUUCUAGUUUCACUAGUCAUUAGUGUUGUGAAUGCUCUACUGCUUAGUCUCAUGGUGCUGCGCCUGACUUUCUACACAGACUUGGAAAUCCCCCACUUCUUCUGUGAACUUGCUCAGAUCAUAAAGCUUGCAUGCUCUGACACGCUUAUCAAUAAGAUUUUGAUUUAUAUUGCAGCUAUCCUAUUUGGCGGUAUUCCUUUCUUAGGAAUUUUUCUGUCUUAUAUUGAAAUUGUCUCAUCUGUUUUCAAAAUCCCAUCCGUGCAAGGACGGUAUAAAGCUUUUUCCACUUGUGGGUCGCACCUGUCAGUUGUUUCCUUGUUUUAUGGGUCAGGUUUAGGAGUGUAUAUUAGCUCUGCAGUUACAGAAUCUCCCAGGAAGACAGCAGUGGCUUCAGUAAUGUAUUCCACAGUCACUCAGAUGCUGAACCCAUUUAUCUACAGUCUGAGGAACAGGGACAUAAAGGAGGCCUUGAGAAUGCUCAUCUUUAGGAUGGCACACUUUAUGUGAUGUGGUUAUUCUUAGAAUCAGUCAAUGGCUUGGCAAUAAUCAAGUGACAGAUCAGUACAUGAUUCCCAGACAGAAACUGAGAAUAUUUUCUUCACUCAAAGAAUAAAAUUUCUUUGAGUCUAUUAAAUGACAAAAAUUGAUUGUUGUGUCUAUAUCAAUAUGUCUAUAUCCUUAUUCAUCUGACCUUGGAAAAAUCUACUGUAUAUUAAUUAUGUAAGCAAGUAUCUUUCACAGGAAUGGCAUAAUCUAUAUUAUCUUGGUGGUCUUAUAUUCUAUUGUUAUUUUACAAUAUGAAAUAUGGUGUUAUGAAGAUAGAGGACAAAGAAUGACUUAUAGAUACUGAAAUUUCAAUAUUGGAAUUAGUAGUUCAUCAGUAUGAGCCUAGGAUUUUGCUCUAUGUAUCUCUCAUAUUA